AUGGCCGAUGAUGUAUUCCUGCGACCGUUGGUGGAGGUGUUCUCGGUGAGCAUCAACCACAUCGACGGAGAGAACCUCUACGGCACAAUCACAGUCACCGACGCACGGGGUUCUCAAUACAUCUACAACCGAUCAAGAGAUCAUUACGAAUCCAUCAGCCCGGGCCAACCCGUUUUGCUGACUGGCCCAGCUCGAUCCAUCUUAGCCUACGACAGCGUCGCCAUCGACGUGGCUCUCAAGGAUAAGGACAAAUUGUCUCCGGACGAUGAUGUCAGCAGCAAGCAGAUAUGGUGGAACCCUUACCUCGCCACCCCCAAUAAGUAUGAUGAGCCCUUAUACGACGACUUUCCUCUCAAGAAUGGUUCGGUGACGGUCAACUACGUAGUGUUGAGUCAUGCGUUUGAGGCUACUGUGGAAGUUACGUUCGUAAACAGAGGUGGGGAAGGGGAAAACUCGGCCCAUGUUUACGGACUGCUUACUGCUCGCAAUGGAAACUUCAUGAAUGAAAGCGUGCUCUUCCGGAAGAAAUCAAAUGAGCACGUAGAUGUAAGGCCUGAGCAGCCCAUUCCGUUGUCGAGAUCUGUGGUGGCCGUGCCAUCGAACUCCUCCCUCAUAGUUCGGGCGGAUCUGAUGGAUCACGACGGUGAGAUUGCCAAGGGCACUGCAGAGUUUCCUGCUCAACUCUCCGGUACAUCUCAGAAGAACAUUUUCGGACAGCAUGGUGAGAUCCGAGUUAAGGUCACUUGGACAGCAUGGUGA